UGCUCAGGCACCGUGUUGAACAGCCCCUCACGUUGAGUGUCUGGGAAGGACCCUGCAGUCCACUAUGGCGGCGCCCGUUGGAACUCUAAACUGUGAGGACUUUUCAAUGUUCCAGGAGGUGCUGAAGGUGAUGCGCACCAUAGAUGACCGCAUUGUCCAUGCCCUGAACACCACCGUGCCCACAGUGUCCUUCUCAGGCAAAGUAGAUGCAACACAAACCUGCAAAGAGCUUUAUGAAUCUAUGAUGGAGGCCCAUCUGAGCAGAGACAAAGCCAUAAAGGCCUGCAUAGCCCAGACGUCUGACGUGGUGGGGCAGCUGCGUGAAGCGAGAGCAAAAGACAAUGAAAACCUGGCACUAAUCAAACAGCUGAGGAAGGAGCAGACCAAAUUGAAGCUCAUGCAGUCGGAGCUGAAUGUUGAAGAAGUUGUCAACGAUAGAAGUCUGAAGGUCUUCAACGAAAGGUGCCGAAUCCACUACAUGCCUCCGAAGGUGAACUGAGACUCUUCCUGAUGAAGGGAGCCGCUUCGCUCGCCGAGGUUCAAAUCCCGACCGGAGCUCAAACUGUGAACCUGCUGCUGAGUCCCGCUGGCGUUUGGUUCACCGCUCAGACCACUCGGACCUCCUCUCCAACACACCUGUAUUCCAUUGUGAUCAUUGUAUGGCAUUACCACCGCUGUAAAAUUGUCAUCUCUGUGCUUCUUUAAUGAAAAUUAUUGUACAAAGAGUUUUUUAAAGACGGUGAUAUACUUUGAAAUAUGUGUGCUUGUUUUCU